UGGCGGCAGCGGGAGAGCGGCUGGGGCUGCACAGCGGCGCCCCCCUGCACUCCUCCUCCCAGCAGCGGCGGCGGCAACACCAGAUUUAAAAAAUGGAUUUGGCCAACCAUGGACUUAUUCUGCUGCAACAAUUAAACGCUCAGCGGGAGUUUGGUUUCCUGUGUGACUGCACGGUUGCUAUUGGUGAUGUUUACUUCAAGGCACACAAAUCAGUCCUUGCUUCAUUCUCCAAUUACUUUAAGAUGUUGUUUGUCCAUCAGACCAGUGAGUGUGUUCGUUUGAAACCAACUGACAUACAGCCUGAUAUUUUCAGCUAUCUUUUGCAUUUGAUGUAUACUGGGAAGAUGGCACCUCAACUUAUUGAUCCAGUUCGACUAGAACAGGGGAUAAAGUUUCUUCAUGCCUACCCACUAAUUCAAGAGGCCAGCCUUGCAAGCCAAGGAGCCUUUUCACAUCCGGACCAAGUUUUUCCAUUAGCUUCUUCAUUAUAUGGGAUCCAAAUUGCAGAUCAUCAAGUAAGGCAAGCCAACAAAAUUACCUCAGCAACUGACAAACUUGGGCGGGAACCAAGACCACAGGCUUCCAGAAUGAGCCAAGAACAGAUAUCCGAGGGAUCACAACUUUCUCAGUUAAAUUCAAAUCUGACACAAGUCAGUCGGACAAAUAUGACCCCCUCUGACCCACUACAGUCUUCACUGUCUCCAGAACUUGUUUCCACACCUGUUCCUCCUCCUCCCCCAGGGGAGGAAACAAACAUGGAAGCAUCUUCUUCAGAUGAGCAACCUGCAUCCCUUACAAUAGCCCAUGUCAAACCAAGCAUCAUGAAAAGGAAUGGAAGCUUUCCAAAAUACUAUGCCUGCCAUCUAUGUGGGCGUCGGUUUACUCUUCGCAAUAGCUUACGUGAGCACCUCCAAAUUCAUACAGGGGUACCAUUUACAUCAAAUCAGCCUGGAGAAAGUAAUGUUUCCCUCUCUCUGUGUAGCAAUGCAGUUGAACUAGGAAAAGAUGCCAUGGAAGUGCCAGAAGCAGGCAUGAUAAGUGACAGUGAGCUUCAGCAUAUUUCUGAUUCUCCAAUCAUUGACGGGCAACAGCAAUCAGAAACUCCACCACCCUCAGACAUUGCAGACAUUGACAACUUAGAGCAAGCAGACCAAGAAAGGGAAGUAAAAAGACGGAAAUAUGAAUGCACAAUAUGUGGGCGUAAAUUUAUUCAGAAAAGUCACUGGAGAGAGCAUAUGUACAUACAUACUGGCAAGCCUUUCAAAUGCAGCACUUGUGACAAAAGCUUCUGCAGAGCCAAUCAGGCCGCCAGGCAUGUGUGCCUGAACCAGAGCAUAGACACUUACACAAUGGUGGACAAACAAACUCUGGAACUCUGUACCUUUGAAGAAGGUAGUCAGAUGGACAACAUGUUAGUACAUGCCAACAAGCCCUACAAAUGCAAUUUGUGUGACAAAACUUUUUCAACACCUAAUGAGGUGGUUAAGCAUUCAUGCCAAAAUCAAAACUCUGAUGUUUUUGCCCUUGAUGAAGGGAGAUCUAUCCUCUUGGGUAGUGGGGACUCCGAAGUUACAGAGCCUGAUCACUCAGUGUUAGCUUCCAUCAAAAAAGAGCAAGAAACAGUGUUAUUAGACUGAAUGUGUUACUUCACGUUUUUCAUUUUUUUUUACAAAGACUAUCCUUUCCCUUCCCAAACCAAAACUACAAAUAAAGUUCACCAAGGCAUGAUAGAAACAGUUCCUCUCCCCUUUCUCCUUUUCCUCACAUUCACUUUCUCAAUCCUCGCUCCCUCUGAAAAAAAGGCUUUGUGCAUUAGAACCUGGAAUACGUCGAUUUUAAUACAAAGAAAAAUUGGACAGAUAAUGGUUAGUAGUGUUUACAAAUUCAAGAAAUAGAUUUUGAGAAAUGUUAGAUUAUUUUAAAAGAAUACUUGGAUCUAAUGAAGGGUACAUAAAAAUUCAAUUUGGUAAGUUAAAAUUAUACAAUUAUGACUUUCUCCGAGUAGUAAGGCUUCCUUUUUGAAAAUAGCAGUUGCAAACAUACCAAGACAGCUGUGUACUAUUUAAAAUCUAAGUGGUGUGGGAAAACUUCAGACCCAAGACAUUUUUUAUAGUACUUAAUUUUCCUCAAGGUGUCUUAUUUCAGGUUGCAUCAGUGAGAUUAUGUCCAUUCAAGAAAAUCAUUAUUUACAGCAUCUCCUUCAACAACAACAAAAUUGAAAGAGAAAAUAAUAAUGUGAUGGCAAUCUUUUUUAAAAUAUUGGAUAAAAUGUGGAAAGUUCGUGAGUAUGUGUGUUUCUGAGAGAGAUUUGUAUGUAUGUUUAAUAUAAACAGGUAAAUAAAUGCACACGCCUUAUCAAAUUGUAUCUAACUCUUUCCAAAUUGAGCCAAAAAAAAAAAAAAAAAA